CCUGGGCUCUAGACCAUUCAUUGAGGUCUUGGGACUCUGCGGUCAGAGUGGACCUAGUCUCAGGUCCUGCCGCUGGGCACUCCGCGAGUGAUGGAAGGCGAAGGUAAAUUUUUUUUGUUUUUUGUUUUUUCUUCUCCGAUUUCAGGGCGGUUUGUUCUCUGUUUGUGACUAUGACAUUAGACAGAAGACGGACCACAGGAAAAUCAUCAGUUAGUUGAGCGUCAGAGGAGAAAAGAGAACGCAGAAGUUAAUUCUAGAAGGGAACGUCUAAUGAGCCCAUCCGUCGGGAGAUACCUGAACCCGGAGACAGCGUGGGGCGCGCUGACGAUCCCCCCGCGGUUACAGGAAAGCUGGACUUGGAUCGGAGCUGGGGCCCCGUCUCCUCGGCCGGUCUCUCCACGUCUGGUGCCCCCAGGCCUCCGGUCGGGCGCUGACUCUGCCGGGUGUCUGGUCGGUGGCGCUGAUGGAGCGCGCGGCCGCCCCCCGCUGCCGCGCGCGGGGCUCGCUUCUCUUCUUGGCGCUCCUCUGCGGGUGUGCCCUGCUCUCAGCCCAGUUUACUGUCGUGGGUCCAGCUGACCCAGUCCUGGCCAUGGUGGGAGAAGACACCACGUUUCACUGCCACCUGUCCCCCGAGAAGAACGCCGAGGACAUGGAAGUGCGGUGGUUCCGGACUCACUUCUCGCGGGCAGUGCUCGUGUACAAGGGUGGACGAGAGAGAACGGAGGAACAGCUGGAGGAGUUCCGAGGAAGGACGACCUUUGUGAGCGACGGCAUCAAACAGGGGAGCGUGGCACUCGUCAUACACAAUGUCACAGCGCACGAGAAUGGCAUCUACCACUGUUACUUCCAAGAAGGCAGGUCCUACGAUGAGGCCGUCAUGCGGCUGAUGGUUGCAGGCCUGGGCUCCAAGCCCCUCAUUGAAAUGAAGGGCCAUGAGGACGGGGGCAUCCGGCUGGAGUGCACAUCCGUAGGGUGGUACCCAGAGCCCCACGCGGUGUGGAGGGACCCUUACGGUGAGAUCAUGCCCGCCCUGGAGGAGGCUUACACUGUGGACGCCGACGGCCUCUUCACGGUCACCGUGGCCGUGAUCAUCAGGGACUGCUCUGUGAGGAACGCGUCCUGCUCCGUCAACAACACCCUGCUUGGCCAGGAGAAGGAAACUGUGAUUUUCAUUCCAGAGCCCUUGCCCCCCAGCACGCUCCCCUGGAUGGCGGGCCUCGCUGCCCUCCCGCCUUCUCUGCUGCUCCUCGUCGCUGGAGUCCUCUGUCUCGCCAGGAAAGUCCACCGGGAAAAAGAGGUUGAGAAUGAAGAGAGAGAAACCGCAUGUCAGGAACUGGGGAAAGAAGAUGUGGAAAAAGAGAAAGAACGUGAGAUCGGAGAGCAACUUCAAGAAGAACUGCGAUGGAGAAGAACCCUGCUACAUGCCGCUGACGUGGUCCUAGACCCAGACACGGCACAUCCUGAGCUGUUCCUGACAGAGGACCGGAGAGGUGUGAGGCGAGGCCCCUCCAGGCAGAGUGUGCCUGACAACCCCGAGAGGUUCGACUGCCGGCCCUGUGUCCUGGGCCUGGAGAGCUUCUCCUCAGGGAGGCACUACUGGGAGGUGGAGGUCGAAAACGUGAUGGUGUGGGCUCUGGGGCUUUGUAGAGACAGUGUCGAGAGGAAAGGAGAGGCCUUACUGGUUCCUCAGAAUGGCUUCUGGACCCUGGAGAUGUUUGGAAACCAAUACCGGGUCCUGUCUUCCCCCGAGAAGAUCCUCCCCCUGAAAGAGCGCCUUCGCCGCGUGGGCAUCUUUCUGGACUAUGAAGCUGGAGAUAUCUCCUUCUAUAACAUGAGGGACAGGUCACACAUCUACACGUGUCCCCGCUCACCCUUCUCUGGGCCCUUGAGACCCUUCUUCAGGCUGGGGUCUGAUGACAGCCCCCUCUUCAUCUGCCCAGCCUUCACAGGGGCCCGGGGGGUCGCGGUGCCCGAGGGCGGCCUGAUCCUUCACAGGACGGGGACCCAGCGCAGCCACCAGGGUCAGUUCCCUGGUCUCAGAGCCAAGUAGAGGGCCCCGGCACCCCUGGCAGGAAACGGGUCAUGUCAAGAACCGCCUCCAGAGGCCUCCUGGACACCCUCUUCAGGCCCAGCCCUGCCUGGCCCUCAUCAGGCUGUUGCUUUCCCGACUCAUUUGCUGGUGACCACGGGGGCACGGGCCGGUCUCGGAGCCGUGCUGCCACACGGCUCCCAACCUGGAAGAAAGCGGGAGACAGUGACGGGUUUUAACAUCAGCGUGACACAGUCAGCCUGAUGCCCGGGCACCAGGCUCUGUGGACUCGGGGUGAGGGACACAGGACCCACUGUAAGGGGAGGGAAACCAUAACAGGAGGUCAGGGACGGGGAAGCCAAGCCUGGGGGGUGGGAGGGGACAAGGGCCUGGGUGUUGUCAAGCCUCAGUUACAGCUAUGGGGGCUCGAGAGCUGGUGGUCCCGUUUCUAUCCCUCCCCCCGCCCCGGAGAUUUCCAGAUUGCACUCCUAGCCUAGAACUGAGCUGAAGAAAGAUGAAAGAUGAAGACCCGUGUUGGCCUGGCUCGGGUGUCCCCUCAAUAAACUGGGAGUCAGUACUCAGUGACUGAGUAUGGCUUAAGGGCUAAGGUCACAGCUGAGCUGGUGAGAACUGCCCCGAGUGGAUCGCAAGGUUCAGGUUCAGUGGGCAAAGCAGCAGUUUCCAACGUUUUGACCUCAGGCCACUUAAGUAAGAUACCUCAAAAAUUAUUGAGGACCCCAAAGAGUCUUGCUCACUUGGGUUAUAUCUGUGAACAUUUAUGGCAUUGAAGGUUGAAACUGAAACAUUUAAAAACUGUAUUUAUGGGGCGCCUGGGUGGCGCAGUCGGUUAAGCGUCCGACU